AGUCAGGCUGUGCCUGGGAGACUUGUUGGAGAGGAAAGCAAUUGCUAAUGCAAACUGCAAACUGAGACGUAUACCAAAAAGAGGUCACGUCGACCUCGAGAGACGAGGUUCUCUUCUUCUGAAUAGCCGCAAUAACAGCUGCAAACCUGCAGCCACCACAACAUCAACUCCCCAUCAAUUCAAACGAAUCUCCAUCUCCCUUGGUUCCGUCCGAUUUCAAUAUACGGCAGCCAUGUCUUCCCGAGACAAGAAGUCCUCCAAGCCGUCCAGCAGUCGCACUGGAGGCAUCCGUACCCUCUCUGAUUUGAACCGUGCGUCUAGUCCCGGCUCCGAUGACGACUCUGAUGCCCCACAGGAAUACUAUACCGGCGGUGAAAGAAGUUGUAUGCUCGUCCAAGAUCCUUCUACAGGUAAUGAUGUGGAUGCAAUAUUUAAUCAAGCUAGGAAAAUGGGAGCCAUGGAGGGACCUUUUGAAAACCUCCAUCCAUCUUCAAGCUCAAGAAGCUUCACUGGAACUGGGUGACUACUCUAUGAGCAUCAGGAAAUCUGAAUGUCCCAAGGAAUUUGAGCCAGAAGAUAGGAGGUCUCCAGUUCAAGUCAAUCUCAAAAGGAGGGGAGAGAAAUGUCCUGAACCAGAGAAGUGCCAUAUUCCAUUUCAGGGUGUAGGAAGAACUUUAGGUGGCAGCUCCAGUUCUACAACAGCCCCUGAACCCACUGUCACUGCAUCUGCUCCAUCCCCCAUUUAGGGACUGGUUUUGGAUGAAACAUUGCCAUCGACCUCAAUUCAUCUCAGAUCGGCUCUGCCCUAAAAACUUCUGGAUAACAACUGAGUUAGCAAGGCCAGCCGGAUCUAUUGUCUGGGUUACAUCAGUGAGUUGCUUUGCAGGGAAACCCACAGUUUGAAGCUGAUACAUUCUUGUCCCUCCAGGUUUUGAUGCAUCCCAACCUGUGGUCAACCAUAUCAACAGAGCCAUUUUUAUCUUGUCUUUAACGAGACGUUGUAUGUAAAGAAUCAUUGUGCUUCACUCUGAAGGCAUUUCUUUUGCACAAUAUGAUUUUACAAGUGAAACCUGCAUAGGGUGAGGAUGCUGGAACAUGCUUCGUACCUGAUUGUUUUGUUCUAGUCAGGUGAUGCUCAAACACUUGAAUAUAGAACAACAUGCGCAGAUAUUAGUUUAAUAAGGAGAUAAGCUUUUGCAUUUCA